CGGAGCCCGGCGUCGGUUUUGCGACAGCCGUAAGUGCGGGCGGGCGGCGGAGCGGAGCGGACGGGCCGGACGGGGCGGCGGCGCGAUGAGGCCGCAGCAGGCGCCGGUGGCGGGCAAGGUGUUCAUCCAGCGCGACUACAGCGGCGGGACGCGCUGCCAGUUCCAGAGCAAGUUCCCCGCCGAGCUGGAGAACCGGAUUGACAGGCAGCAGUUUGAGGAGACAGUCCGGACGCUGAACAACCUGUACGCGGAAGCUGAAAAGCUCGGGGGCCAGUCUUACCUGGAGGGCUGCCUGGCCUGCCUGACUGCCUACACCAUCUUCCUGUGCAUGGAGACACACUAUGAAAAGGUUCUAAAGAAAAUUGCAAAGUUCAUUCAGGAACAGAAUGAGAAGAUCUACGCUCCUCAGGGCCUUCUGCUGACAGACCCCAUCGAAAGAGGAUUAAGAGUUAUUGAAAUUACCAUUUAUGAAGACAGAGGUUUGACCAGUGGAAGAUAAAACUGUGGAGUCUCAGAUGAAAGCUCACCGGUGGACUUGCUGUACCAAGGUUCCCCUACCUCCUACUUUAGAGCAUCAUUCCUUUCUCUGCUGCCAGAUCCACAGUGCCAUCUACUACAAGGACUAACUUCCUCAAACUGCUCCCCAGGGGGUGACCUAGCUGGUCAGCAUCCACUUUGCAGUAGAUUUGGAAGCAACAGGAUCACUUUUUCAUUUUUGUUUGGUUUGUUUUUUUUGGUUUUUUUUUUCUCAAGAAAAGGCAGAAGUGGUAAAGCUGUGUUGUCUCCUGAAAGAAAUGGGGCUCUCAGCCCAGCAGAGGUUUGUUUUAGUCCUGUAAGUGCAGUGCUGUUCGUCCCUGGUUCUUAAACCCUUCUGUGUGUCAGUUGGGCUUUGGAAAGCUCCAGCUCAAAGCUGGCAAUUUCCCUCCAGCCCAGUGUAAGAGUGCAGAGAUACACAGUGCCUCUUGCAGUGAGGAGUGACUCAGGCACCGUCCUUGUGGAAAACCAGAAGGGAAAAUGUUCCUUGAG